AUGAAGACGCCAGUAGUGACGACGACAGUACCUGAGGUGAGCGAGAUUUCGGAAGUUGGAGAUGAAACAACGGAUGUUCCGAUAGGUGAGGUUGAGGGAGUGCUAGAUGACCAGGACUCCGAUGACGAUGGAUUUUUCGACUCGAUUAGUGUCGAAGAAGGUUUUCCAGAAGUUAGCUUGGAAGAUAUCCCAACAGUGGAACCCGAAGAUGAUGUUUUUUCGGACUUGCCAGUGUCAGUGAUGGCUUGCACGCCAGUUCAGCAGCUCGAGCUAGAGUACGAGCGUGUCAUCCGAAUAAGUGCUGAAGAAUUAGACCUCGAACCGGCAGUGUAUAUUCAUGAAGGGAGUGAGACAUUAUCACAACUCCGAGAACAACUUGCGUUGCUUCCGGAUAUCGAAGAAUUAUCCCCGAAAUGUGAUAUCGAUUCGACCGACGUUGGUGAAUCUGGGAUGAGUACCCCAGAAGACGAGCAAAGAUUGAGAGGGAUUCUGAAGUAUCAUCGAGCCAUCUUUCUGGGAGACGGGAAUGCGGUUCCAGCUCCGGCGCGGGGUGUCAUCUGUGAUUUGGAUGUUGGAGAGGCGAACCCAGUCGCUCAGCGCCCCCGAUCGGUCGCUCCACAUUUAUCGAUCAAAGUGUAUGAACUGCUGAAGAAGCUUUUGGAAACCCGACUCAUCGAACACUCAGAAUCACCAUGGGCAUCACCUAUUGUGAUUGUCCUCAAGAAAAAUGAUGAUCUACUGGUUGGGUUCGAGGCUGUCAUGUGGUUUAUGAACCUGGAUAUGGCGAGCGGCUUUUGGGCGAUCAAGAUGUCUGAAAGGGCGAAGCUGAUAUCGGCGUUCGUCUGUCCGUUCGGACAUUUCCAAUGA